UGACUUUUUCUUUGCAGCUACUCGUGAGUCAAAACUCAAUAUCGUCAUCUUGCCAGGCAGCGUAGAUUCGUGGCCUGGAAAGUGCGCAUGGUAUUUCUUGGACAAUGGGUACUCAAGAAAGUCAACACGAUAGUAGUCACACUGUUUUAGCUAAUGACUGGACAAUCGAUGAAGACCGUUUGCUUUUGAAGCUCAUUUUGGAUGCAAGCAGAAAUGAUAAACGAAGUGCGUUUAUUUCAAUAAGGCGUCUGAAAUGGAAGGUGAAUAUCCCAGGUCGAAGUGAGGAAGAAGUUAAGAACCGCUGGCGUCUGCUAUUGAAGAAAGUUUCGGCAACUCGGACUUUGUUUGAGAUCGCGAGCGAUGUUUCCAUGAGGCUGAAUGAUGAACAACUUUGCUUACCAUUCAAGCUUCUGAUGGCAAAAGAACAUAAUGAUUAUCCACCAAAGCCAAGAAACGCUAGUACCAUAUACAUGCAUGCAAAACUGAGGGUGUGGGAGAAAAAUACCACAGGAGCUACGCAUAAUGUUGACGUCUUGAAGAUUCUGAGGACGAAAUUCAAAAAUACGCCUAAAGCAAAGAAGACGAAGUAUUUUCGCUUGGAAAGGGAGGAACAGGAGAUUUAUGAAGAACGGAAAGAAGAGUUUUUGGCUGCCCAUCCGGAGUACAAUGAUGCGUCUAAUAUGCCGAAAAUUCCACCCACCCCAUUCUCCUUGUUCCUGAUUAAGAAUGAUGCGGAAACGUACUCUCCUAAGGCGAGGGCAGCUCAGCGAGAGAUUUUCGAGGCUUUGUCGCCGAAAAAGAUGGCGAAGUUCACCAAGCAUGCGGUGGAUUUAUUCUCGAAAUUCUUUGAUGAACUUGUAGUGUAUGUUGCUAUGAACAUCAGUCAACCUUUCAUGCCGGAGCAUGUCACACGUGCAAAAGAGGCUGCAAAACUUUAUCGGAAAGCAAGUAACUUGACAAUCCAAGAACGUGGAGGUUUUAUUUCAUACGUCAAGGACGUUUCGGCUGACUGGAAUGGAAUGAUUUGGCAGGAUAAAGUCAAGAAGGCUGGUGCAUCGUGGAAAACGCUUUCCAAAGAGAGCCAGGAAGCUUACCACACGGCAGCAAAGUUGGCUCAGAAAGGGAGCUCUGAUUCUGCACUCCUACCAUGCAUCAGAUUAAGUUACAUACAAAAGUGUCCAGUUUUUGUGUAUGCCUUCUCGCAUUUUGAAGAGCUCAAGGUGAAGCAUCCAAGCAUGAGUGAACUUGAAAUGCGCGCGCUCAUUUUGGAGCAAUGGCAUGCACUCCGCAAAGAAGAUCAGAAAGUCUAUUUUGAAGAAGGGAAAAGAAUUAAAUUUCGAAGAGCUGUGAUGGAAGCCAUGAAUCUUCAAAAUGUGGAAGAGACACCGGUGCUUCCUCCAUUUAGCAUCGAAGCGCUGCAUCAAGAGACGAUGAUAAACUCAUCUCUGGGAAAGAAAUAUGCCUCAUCAAUGGAAUUUGAGAAAUUAACAAUGAAGAAAAAGAAGGAUCUUGAAGAAGUUCUCAGGGAAAAGGAAGAGAGCUUUGUUCAAGAGUUCAAAGAAUUUGUGCGAACCGCGACUUCGAAAGCCUUGAUGGCCUACUUGCAGAAAAUAGGUCAAGAUCAUUCGGCAGCUUCUAAGAUCAAUGAUGACGAACACGUGAGGGACGAUGAAGAUAGUGGAGAUGAGUCUUGUGAGGAAUACGUUGAUCUCGAAAUAAAACAUGCAGAGGACGACGAUGAGGAACUGGUUGACCCCCUUAAGUUGGAAAAUCUGCAUCCGGAUUCAUCGGAUUACUCGGAUGAUGAACCAGUGGCAAAAAAGCCUGUUGCGCGUCGGGUCCAAAUUCCUCAGUUUUCUUCUGAUUCUGAAGAUGAAGAUUAUCCCCCAAAGAAAACGCGAAGAAAUAUCAAGUUUCCGAAGACAUCGGCUGCCGUUGCAACUUCCGCGAAACGCCAUUCUGAAAACCAGAAAAGGACUUCAACUGUCAAAUCAAACGUUUCUGCGCCGAAGAUUGCGAAGAAGUCUCUUCAGAGUCCUGUUGGGAUCUCUAUCAAACAAGAAAACAUUUCCGAAUUGAAAUUUUCUCCACGUGACCCAGGAAUGCUGGGGAAAAGAAAAUGGAUGAAGGGUCGACUGAUGCUGAUGGAUGACAAGGAUCAACGUGAUGAAGUUCGUCUGCCUCAACCGAAGAAAUCUUUGUGCGAAGUGCGGGUAUGUUCAAGACAGCGAAUCUAAAAGUUCCACUGCGUGACAAAUUUGCAUAUCUUAAUCGUUAUGAGCCAAGCGUUUGAGUUUUUGAUUAGGGUGUUUUACAAUUUUUCGGUGCCUCACGUGAGAGUAUUCGUUUGAAGAACCAUUGACGUUUUUGAAUGUUCUGUACAAAAUCGGUGGAACCCGUCUUCAAAGGACAAUUCAUUGUGCAACUACAAUGAGGAAUUUCGAAGGGAUGUUUUCCAUGUUGAUGAUCAAAUGUGUCACCUGCGUGAGUGUGGUUUUUUUAUGGCUCGUUUAUGCUUCUAAAAUGGAGAUGGUUUCAGAAUGCAUUGAAUUUCCUGCCGAUAUAA